UUGUCCGUGCUGAUGGAUGAGAGCCCGUCUGGCACCAGUCCCACCUGCACCAACAGCCACCCUGCCGAGCUGCUCCCCAUCGAGCUGGACGAGAUGGUGGGCAAAGGGCAGUUUGCGGAGGUGUGGAGGGCCAAGCUGAGCCACAGCCGCUCGGGGCAGUACGAGACGGUGGCCGUGAAGAUCUUCCCCUGUGAGGAGUACUCCUCCUGGAAGAACGAGAGCCAGAUCUUCACCGACGCCAGCCUCAAGCAUGACAGUGUCCUGCGGUUCCUCACCGCUGAGGACCGGGGCGCGGGGCCCCGCCGGGAGUACUGGCUUAUCACCGCCUACCACAGCCGGGGCAACCUCAAGGACUACCUCUCCCGCCACAUCCUGAGCUGGAUGGACCUCCAGAAGAUGGCAGGCUCCCUGGUGAGCGGGGUGGCCCACCUCCACAGCGACUACACUACCUGUGGCAGGCCAAAAAUCCCCAUCGCCCACCGGGAUAUCAAAAGCACCAACGUCCUGGUGAAGAGCGAGCAGGAGUGCGUGCUCUGCGACUUCGGCAUCGCCAUUCGCCUCGACCCUUCCCUGACAGUAGAUGACUUUGCAAACAGCGGGCAGGUGGGCACCGCCAGGUACAUGGCCCCAGAGGUCCUGGAGUCCAGAGUGAACCUAGAAGACCUGGAGUCUUUCAAGCAGAUGGAUGUCUACUCCAUGGCCCUUGUUUUGUGGGAAAUGGCCUCCAGAUGUGAAGUGGUAGGAGAGGUAAAGAACUACGAGCUGCCUUUUGGGUCAAAAGUCCAGGAGCAGCCCUGUGUGGACACCAUGAGGGACAUCGUGCUGCAUGGCAGAGGGCGGCCCGAGAUCCCAAGCAGCUGGCUGGUGCAUCAGGGAAUGCGUUUUCUGUGCGACACCAUCACGGAGUGCUGGGACCACGACCCCGAGGCUCGCCUCACCGCCCACUGCGUGGCUGAGCGCUUCAACCUGAUGGCCCAGAUGGAUUGCGAUGACAUCCUCAACAACAACACAGACAACGAGGCCAGCAAAACAGCUUCUCCAGGCGGGGAGCACCAGAACAGUGGCGGGAGCAGAAAUACGCAGUGACACAGCAGGCAAAAAGCCUCAGCGUGAGAAAUGAGAAGAUAAGAGAGAAGCAUUUAGCUCAUGGGAAAAAAAAAAAUCUCGCUCCAUUUUUCAAAAUGGAACUAAGAUCUAGUACAUAACUUAUUUAUAAGAUCUGUUUCCUCCCACAGAUACAGUGAACUGUGGAAUCAAUACUUUGGUUAAAGUGCAACCCUAUAUAUGAACUGAUUUUGUACUUACUUUAAAUGUAUAAUGAUGCAAAGCAUUCCUUUUAUUAUUUUUUAAAAUAAUAAUAAUGUUUAAUCUUUUAUUAAUAAGCA